AGGGGUUCGCGGUGUGCUGCAGCGCACUUCGAGCCUUUCUAACCUACCCACUUGCCCCUUCCCUUCUCACUGGCAAGAGUCCUGCACACUCAUGGCGUCAAACAUAAUGAGCGCUCUUUAGUAAUGACUCCGCCAAAACAUCUUUCCCUUCUUCAUCUUGGGCCGUAAUAGGAUCAGUUGUCGUUCCCUCAGCGGCUGGUCCGAAAGGGACCCUUUUUCUCUUUUCCUUGAUGGUGGCGCCUUUUUUUUUCGUUGGUGUACUGGCUGUAAUGGCUGGGCACUGGAGAAGAAUGGAGAUUGUAUGCGGUUGCAGCCUGCUGUGUUACUGGCUGUCAUCGUCGUCGCUUUCGUCGCUUCCGUCGCUUUCGUCGCUUUCGUCGCUUGUCAGGAUAUCGACCAAUCCUAAGUGUGGACUUCACGGACGCAAGUUUGUGUCCGCUCUCCACAAUACCUGUGUGACAUUGCAAGGGAUCAUGACUGUUUUGUCCACGGUGUCGUCGCCAGGCGUGACUGUCCCAUAAUGCGCGCAGAUCAUGGUAUCGCAACAUAUUUUCCCGACGUC